CGCACCACUGCAUUCGAUCGCCAGCCGAUGGAAAAAUUGAUCGUUCCACAGUUCGGUUUGAUCGUUCGAUCGGUACACUUCUUCGCAGCAGGAUGGCAAGCAUCGUACGUAAAAUUGUUCACACUGCCAAGUGUCCAAAGGCUUUGGCUCCGUAUAACCAAGCCGUAGUGGCCGACCGUACAGUUUACUGUUCCGGAGUUCUGGGCAUGGAACUGGGCUCACUUAAGUUGGUCGAUGGAGGAGCUGCAGUUCAAACUGCCAAGGCUUUGGAACACUUGACAACACUGCUGGAAGCGUCCGGAUCAAGUAUUGAAAAGGUCGUCAAAACAACCAUUCUGCUGGCUGAUAUGAGUGAUUACGGUGCCGUGAACGAGGAGUACAAGAAAGUGUUUUCCAACAAUUUCCCGGCUCGGACGUGCUUUGCGGUCAACAAACUUCCCCUGGGAGCAUCAGUGGAAAUAGAAGCCAUUGCUCUUACCGGAGAAGUUAUUCAAGUGUCCACAUGACUUGCCACAAAUGUCUAGAUCCCAAGCAAGACCUGUGCUGUUAAUCCAACCAAUUUGGGUACCGGUGUGAAAUGAACUAGAAACUGGAAAGGAUAGACAGCAUCUAGCAAAGACAUUUGUGAUAUGCUGCUUUAAGCACAUUUAGUCGAGCUUGGAGUGACUGUGUUAUAGACUGGUUUAUUCAAUAAAUAUUUUUAGCGAUAUA